ACCCAUGUUUAGUGUUAGUGUUAUUUCUUGUAGGAAUUUGUGGAUUCCUACGUUAAGUCAAAAGCGGUUUGCGCAUGAUCUUGUCAUAAGGCAAAGAACAGGAAAACCUAUCAUCAAAUAUGGUUCUGUAGGCCGAUCUUCAGUGAGUGGACAUAUAGCAACUGUUUUUGGAUGUACAGGAUUUGUAGGACGUUAUAUUGUUAGUAAACUUGCUAGGCAAGGAACUCAAGUUGUUGUACCGUACCGAGAUGAAGACUCAAAGAGACAUUUAAAAGUUUGUGGUGAUUUAGGUCAGGUUGUUCCUAUGGAAGCUGUUAGGCAUUCUGAUAUUGUUUACAACUUGAUAGGUAGAGAUCAUGAGACAAGGAAUUUCACUUUUGAGAAAGUUCAUGUCGAAGGAGCUGCUAGAAUUGCUAAAAUUUCAAGAGAACUUGGUGUUUCUCGAUUUGUACAUGUAUCAGCCUUAAAUGCUGAUAAAUAUUCACCAUCCAAGUUCUUUCGUUCAAAAGCUUUGGGUGAAGUAGCUGUGAAAAAAGAAUUUCCUGAAGCAACUAUAGUUCGUCCUUCUACUAUAUACGGACAAGAAGACAGAUUUUUAACGAGAUAUGCAUCAACCAAAUAUGAAUAUAUGCUUAAUUAUGGUCAAACAAAAGUUAGACCCGUUCAUGUUUUUGAUGUUGCUCUAGCACUUGAACGUAUGUUAAAAGAUGAAUCAACCAUAGGAAAGACUUAUGAAUUAUAUGGUCCUCGUGAAUUCACAUAUGAAGAAGUUUUUGAUCUAAUUGGAGAAUUAAUUGAAAAUCGUAGAUAUAGACUUAAUAUUCCAAAACCAAUAGCGUUAGCUGUGACGAAAGCAUUUAAUCUACCUUUUCUACUAACAAUUUCUCCUGAAGAUAUUGAGAGAUUAUUUAUUAGUGAUACAAUUACACCAGGAGCAAAAACUUUUGAAGAUUUGGGAAUUCGACCGUUAAGUUUAGAGACGAACAGUCUUGGCAUUGUUAGAAGAUUUAGAAGCAGUAAAGCUUAUAGCCGACCUCUUGUAAAAGGUUUUGAGAGGAAGACAAAGGAAAUUCAUACUGAAUAUUGA